AUGUACGGUAAAACUAUGUUGUUUUGGCACGGGUCAAUUCCGAGGCUAACCAUAGCUGAGCCGGAAAUGCUGAAAGAGGUUUUCCUUAACAAAUGGGGUAAGGUUAUCAAAGUCAGCCUUCCGCCGCUUGCUAACCAGCUCUUCGGUAAGGGACUUGUUCGGGUGGAGGGUGAGAAUUGGUCCGUUCAUCGGAAAGCUGCCAAUCCGGCUUUCUUCGUCGACCGAGUAAAGUCAUGGAUUCCCGAAGUUGUAGAUAGUACUAAAAAGGUUGUUGAAAGGUGGGAAGAUGACCUAGGAGUGGUGGGUGAAAUAGAAGUGGAUGUGCUCAAGGAAUUCCACAUUCUAUCCACAGAAAUAUUGUCGAGAACAGGAUUUGGUAGUAACUUUGAGGAAGGAAGGCGCAUUCAUGAAUUGAUUGAUCGACAAGCUCAGUUGACAAUGCUGGCUUUAAGGACUGUUUACAUACCAGGUUUCUGGUUCUUGCCGACUCGGAACAACCGAUUGAGGCGCAAUCUCAGUAACCAAACCCGACGGCUGAUAAGGGAUUUGAUUGAGAGGCAGAGAAAAGUAGGAGGGAAUUCAAACUGCCUUCUGAGCUUCUUAAUCAACGGCAAAUUGUCAACUGAAGAAGUGAUUGACGAAUGCCAAACUUUCUACUUUGGAGGAAAAGAAAUCCUCGCGAUAUUCUUGUCUUGGACACUUUUACUUUUAGCAUUGCAUCCAGAGUGGCAAACUAAGGCUCGAGAAGAAGUGUUUCAAGUCUGCAAGAACGACGAGUUUCCGAAUGGCGAUGCUUUGAAUGACAUGAAAGUUGUAAGUGCACUAGCUAGCCUAAUCAACUGCUAA